AUGAUUAGAACCGUGAAGCCUAAGAACGCCAGAGCCAAGAGAGCUCUGGUAAAGAGAGAAGCCAAGUUGGUAGAGAAUGUCAAGCAGGCGCUUUUCGUUCCAGGCCAAACUUGCAAUAAGAACCUGCAUGAUAUCAUGGUAGAUUUGAGUGCCUUGAAGAAGCCAGAUAUGAAGAGAUUCACCCGUAAGAAUGAUGUUCAUCCAUUUGAAGACAUGACGCCGUUGGAGUUUUUCAGUGAAAAGAAUGACUGUUCAUUGAUGGUUUUGAUGACAAGUUCCAAAAAACGUAAGAACAAUAUGACAUUUGUACGUAUGUUCGGCUACAAAGUAUACGACAUGAUUGAAUUGAUGGUCGUAGAUAACUUCAAGUUGCUCUCUGAUUUCAAGAAGUUGACAUAUACUGUAGGGUUAAAGCCAAUGUUUACAUUCCAAGGUGCUGCAUUUGAUACACAUCCCGUUUAUAAGCAGGUUAAAUCUUUGUUUAUGGAUUUCUUUAGAGGCGAAACUACUGACUUGCAAGAUGUUGCGGGUUUACAACAUGUCAUUUCCAUGACCAUUCAAGGUGACUUCCAAGACGGUGAGCCAUUACCAAACGUUCUAUUCCGUGUUUACAAAUUAAAAAGUUAUAAGAGCGACCAAGGUGGUAAGAGAUUGCCACGUAUUGAAUUGGUGGAGAUUGGACCUCGUUUGGACUUCAAAAUCGGCAGAAUCCAUACUCCAACUCAAGACAUGGUCAUUGAAGCUCACAAGAAAGCUAGACAAUUAGAGAUGAGAGCCAAGAAGAACGUGGACAUGGAUAUCAUGGGUGACAAGCUGGGUAGAAUCCACAUGGGUAAACAAGACUUGGGUCAACUACAAACAAGGAAGAUGAAGGGUUUAAAACCCAAAUUCGACCAAAGCGCAAAAGCAGAAGAACGCGACGGCGAUGUGGACGAGGACUACGAAGAUGAAGCGUCGUAUUCCGAGGAGGGACAAGAAUACGAAGAGGAAUUCGUCAGUGCCACCGACAUUGAACCAUCUACUAAAAGACAGAAGAAAUAG